UGUUAAAUCCUGAGCGCCCCAGCAGCGUUAACGGCGGUUACCGGAGCCGUACCGGAACACGACUUCCGGAUGCCCGCUGGCCGUCCCCCACUCCGCCAACGCUCGCGCAUCGCAUCCCUUUAGAUCCCCUCCCGCCCCGGCCGCCCCGCCGGCACUCAAACCCACCCCUCCGUCUUCGUCCUGCUGCCGCGGCGCGGCGCACUACACACACGUUUCUCUCUCACAGGACCGCUGGCUAGUAAGUAGCCCGCGCGAGCUCAACCGAAGGUCGCCGACCGUUACCGAAGUAUCCACGGGGCUUGAAAGCUGCCCGCUGGAUCUAGACGCCGGCACACGCGUUUGGACCAUCGAGAUAGCCAGUGGUCCAGGAACACACGCAGGCAGCAUCAUCUCCGCUUUCGCAGGACUGUCAUUACGUAUUUGUCCUGAGCGCUCCGUUUUCAUUCGGUCGAGUACCAACUGACCAUUUAUUUGUUUUCGAUGUGGUCGCACCGGAUGUCGGACUGUAAUUUUUUUCGGGCGAGGACUAAGUGAUGGAGCGCAGCAGGAAGAAAAGUUUUUUGUGAUUGUUGUUUAUUUUCCUUUGAUUUUGUUAUGAACUAGUUUUUUGUUUUCGUCGGCGAACCAGAGACUUACAAAGUUUUCAAGAUGAGAAUUAAAAUGCCGGCAGUGAGAAUUGCUCAAGGUAAAUUUGCUGGUCACACAAUUCGACGUAUGCACUUUGUAACAGACGCAGAUGGAGCAGAACUAUCGGACAGCCACCAAGAUAUCUUAACUUGCGGCAUCUGUCAGAAACAUUUCGCUCUGUCCGACAUCGUGAGGUUCAUCCAGCACAAAAUUCAAACGUGCAACAAAGAAAAUUUCGGCCAGUGCUACAUCAACCCUGAAAGGGAAAGGGACAACGACGACGGAUCCCUACCUUUAAGUUCCAUCAACAGCAGAAGACCUAGCAUAUCUGCUCCUAUUAGUAGUAAGAAGAAUUCCGGAAGUAGAGUGCAUACACCUCCACCUGCGAGUCCAAGGUUACCAGCUCCAGGAGAUUUAUGUGUGGAUGGAGCGGCGUCGUCGACUCCAAAAAGAAGAGCUUCGUCGCCAUUGACCACGUCGACGAGUACCGAUGACGGUGAAGAUCACAAGCCGAUCAUCAAGCAGGAGAGGAUCGAUACCACGACGUCUUCCCCUGAAGAAAACUCGCACAAGAAGUCCAGGACUGAAGUGGCGGAUGCUGAAAGCAACACGACACAUAGCGAACCGAGCAACUACCUCUGUUCGACAUGCAAGGCCAGACUUCACUCAGCUUGGCGAUUAGUGCAACACGUUCAACAUGCCCACGGCAUUAAAAUUUACGUUGAGUCAUCGCCGGGAUCAUCAAAAUGUAGUAACAGCACCAGCGGCAGUAGCAACAACAACCAUUCUACAAGUUCAGCUUCAAGUAGUUCAUCGGGUUGUUCAUCGGGUGCUUCUGGAAUUCCACCUCAAGCACCAAAUAUGCGUCAUCCACUGCUUCCACCACCAGAUCUACCCAACCCGUUUGGAGUAGGAGGACUUUUGAGAUUACCGUUGCCCCCGUUAAAUCACGGCAUGAACCCUAAUCUACCUCCGGCACCACUAUUUUCUCGUCCGGAUCAUCAUUAUCGCAUCGAUCAACUCGUAAGCGAACAGUUCAGACAUCACGGACUUAACCUGGCGGCGGCAGCUGCAGCAGUAGCUGCUGGAGGUGUUCCACAACCUCACAGCUUUCCAUCGCCGGCAGAAAGGGCCAAUUCAGUAACUAACUUACCACCAAGGGAUCGGAGUACACCAAAUCAGCCCUUAUCACUGGAACCACAGCUGGAUUUUUACUCACAGCGGUUGAGAGCAUUAGCAGGAACAACAAGUCCUGGGGUAGCACAGGCGAGCUCCCCGAGCCCCAGGAAGCUUUCACCGCCUUUUACAAGUCCCUCGCCCUCGCAAGUGCCGCCAACUUCAAUCCAAAAUAAUUUGAGCUCGUCGAGUAACCACAGUAACCCAACAAGCAGCAGUAGCAAUAACAAUAAUCAUAGUUCUAGUAGCGGGAAUAGUGGCAAUAGUUCAAGCAGACCACCUAGUACAUCUCCGCCGAACAAAAGCAGCGGAGACGAGCAUUUAGUUAAUACGCCAAGAUCGGCAUCCACACCACCAGGAAAACCGGGUUCCCCUCGAAACUCACUUUCCUCCGACGCUGUACACGCCUGUGAUUAUUGCGGUAAAAAAUUUCGUUUCCAAAAUAAUUUGGAAGUUCACAGACGUUCCCACACGGGCGAAAUGCCGUAUAAGUGUACCGUUUGUGAUCAAGCUUACGCUGGUAGCAGCAAGUUAAAGCGACAUAUGAAAAUUCAUCGAACACCCGAAGACCGUACUAGUAACGCUGGUUCGGUUGAAACUCUCGACGGUGAAGAUAGUGAAGAAGAUGACGAGCUUGACGAUGAAGACGAAGACGAGGAAGAUAUGGACGGAGAAGAAGAAGAAGCCGAAGAUUUAACCGUACCCAGUCAGGGUUCAAAAAACGGCAAUCCCAGCCAAGCGUCGCUGGUUGGUGAGCUCAUGGAUAAAUUCGGUUUGAGCAAUAUCGCGCAAUACAGUGAAGCUUAUAAACAAGCCUUGCAAGAAAGUAGUUCUGCUCUAAAACUACAAAUGCAGGCGAGCAAAGAUAGGGAUAACAAUAACACGUCCCUGGCGACGCAACUGAAAAUUCGCGAGGAAUUUACGAAAGGAUUAUUAACGGGGCCUCCUCCAGGACCUCUACCAUUGUUUCCUCCAUUUAACGACACAUACGAAGCAACGAAAAGACUAAAGCUAGACCUGGAACGGAACGAUUGGUGGUUAUCCGGCAUGCAGCGAGAAAACAAAGGAGUUCCAGGUCCCAGUGCUUUACUACCCAAUCCCCUGAUGAAAAAAGAGUCGCGCCGUAAUGACACUUGCGAGUUUUGCGGUAAAGUUUUUAAGAACUGCUCCAAUCUGACCGUUCAUAGACGCUCCCACACCGGCGAGAAACCGUACAAAUGCGAGUUGUGUUCGUACGCUUGCGCGCAGAGCUCGAAACUAACGCGGCACAUGAAAACUCACGGCCGAAUAGGCAAGGACGUGUACCGAUGCCGGUUCUGCGAGAUGCCUUUCUCCGUACCUUCCACGUUGGAGAAACACAUGAGGAAAUGUGUGGUGAACCAGGGGAAAGGUCACUUGUUGAGCACCUUGCCGAUGUUGAGUGGCGACGAGGACUCGUCCACGAGCAUAGCUUCGAAGGAAGCAGCUACAUGACUCUUUCCAUGGGGCGGAAUGCCACGCUUUCCUGCUCCUCCACCCAGUAUAACGUACUAGUCGUUUUUUUUUGUAUAUGUAAAUCGUUUUAGGCAAAAUAUUGUUGGUGUAAAGUUUGUGAAAAUUGGUAGAUGUAUUAUGACAGUUUUCUACUACCAACGAAUUAAUAUUACUGUAUGGCGUGUGGUAAGUUACUUUGGGCACGCUAUAUAAAAGUGUUUUGUGCGUUUUUGGAAACUUCCGAUUUUCUUCAAGAAACUUUAAUGGCUGUAUUCGAUUUUACUGAUGUUAUAUGUGAUACCUGUUUUAUUUAAUUGUAGUCCUAUUUGUAACAUACAUUUAUAUACGUGCGACAACGAAAGACGGUCAUUAAUUUUUUUAUUCGCGAAAAUGUACAUUACACCCCUUGUUACCUUAGUUAUGUACUUUUGUAUAAAAUAAAAUACUACUAAAUGUAAAAUAAUCCCCAAUUAAGUUCCUACGGAAAAAACUUCAUUGGGAAUUGUUGUUGUAUUUGUAACCGAUACCAAAGCAAUGUUUUUCAUUAUUAUUAUUAUUACUUAUUGAGUUUAUCCAUUGUAUUGUAUAAUAUAUUCAUAGUUAGAUUAAGUUUUGUUGUUUGAGACUGAGGGUUGUGUCUCUGAAUUCGGUUUGAGACGCAGGACAAACUUCCAUUGCUGUACUUACCCGAGUCCGGGCUGAAUUGUGACCAAUCCGCCUCACAUUCCCUAUCAUAUCAUUUCUUUUUUAUGAUUAUUAUUGGGCCAGUACGAAUGUAAAUAGUAUUUAUUACAGACUUACACAGUAUUUAUCUUCGACUGUAUUGUAUAACCGAGAUUUAUACUACUUAAACAAAGUUACUUAAUUCCAAUGUGUAUAGUAUUAUUAUUUUUAUGUAUAGGGUCACGUUUUUCGAGUUGGUGUUAGAGACAAAAAUAAGAUGUAUUUAUAAAUUAUCUACAAGAGAGAAAAUACACAAAAUAGAAACAAAUUCAGGGUCAAAAUUAAAUUUAUCGCUUGACAAGAAUAAACUGGUUUAAGGCGCGUACAGAUACAGCGAACGAAGGCGUACAAAUUCGUCAGAAUGAUGUGUACGUAUCAAGGUGGGUAUUCACACUACAUACGUUCGUUCGGUAGUAGUGUGUACGAGAUUGAAUUACAGAACCGAACGAAGGAAAUCGAACCAUUCGUUUUUCGAUUCGCCAUCACGACGAAGAAAUAUAUUAGUGAUUGUUAUACGACGAAGAAAUAUAUUAGUGAUGUUCCAAGUGUUGUAUUAGAGAAACUUUGGUAACGCAUUCUGUAGAUAAAAAUAAGUAAAGAAGUUCGUAUAAAUGUACGUCCUAAAAUGCUUGGUUUCGAAGAUACUGGGUGUAGAAGUUUCAUUUUUAUUUAUGAAAAUUGGUGUCUGGUAGUUUUUUUCACAUGCUAAAUAUGAUUUCUAUGUCAUUUAUGUCUCUUAGUUGUAGGGGGCGCCAAGUGCAUACUGUUUAACUAAUAAGUAGGAAUAAUAAUUUUUCGCUCGUACCUGUAUAAAACUACAAAGUGAAAAAAUAUAUUUGGAUUCGAAAUAAUAUAUUAUAUUCAUUAACAAAAAUUGGACAUGUGGACUAGAUAGUCACUAGACUGAAAUCAAAAAUCUCAAAUGUUUUUGAGCCAAAGGUCUCUGUUAAAACUGUUUCAUCACAGUUCUUCCUAGAAAAAUAUAUGAUUAAUUUUGAAAAAAUAAAAAACUCCCAGAUUUAUUAUUUCAGUCAAAUAACUAUCUUGUCAACAUGUUUAUUUCUUUCGUCAAUAAUGACAUGUAUUGAUAAUUUAUAUCCCAAUAAGUAUUUUGAGAACGGUUUCGAUCGAUCUCAGCGAUUUUUUUCCUGGAGACUUUUUUACUUAGGAUUUUAUUAGAGGCAUUAUUUAUAUUAUUUCAGAAAUUAUUUGGAAAAAAUCGAAAUAAAAAUGAAACUUCUGCAUCUCCCAAAUUAAACAUUAUAGGAUAUAAAUUUAUACGAACCGUUUUUAUCUAUUUGUAUCGGUAGAUUACAGUGCCGAAUUUUCGCGAAUAUAAUUUAAACCUCACUGUAUAUCAAUUAACCUGAGAAUAUCCUCGUUUUUCCACUCCAUACUUUUCGCGUUCGCGUCAAAGAUCCCUUAGGCUACUCUCACAGUAGAUGCGCGAUUUACAAAAAUGCACGGGACCGUCCGAAUUGGUAAUCUUGGUCUAAGGUUGAGUUAACACAGUGACAUUGAUAAAAAGUCGCGAACAACAGUUGCGGGAAUAAUUAAAACGUUUCGUUUCGGGAAUUAUAUUUUCUAGAAAAUACCUUGUUAUGACGGCGAAUCAUUUGCAAAAAAAGAAGUGCAUAAGUGAUUGAGAUACUAAAAAAAGAAAAGAAUUCGGUGAUUUUUCAACAUCUUCAGGAAGAUACUUCUUUUCAGAAAGACCUUUGUAAAUUGCGGUAGUGAUAAAUCAAUUAACUUUUCGGUAUCGAUUUUAAUUUUUAAUAGAAACGCUUCAAGAAAAGUGCGGGCAACGCAAAUAUCCCAUCCAGACGGGAUCUGUUUACAAGUUUGUAUACGCGCGAACUAACCUGCAGCUACUGUGAGAGUUUUGAUGAUCUGUGAAUACCCAGCUUUAGCGAAGACGUUCACAACGUGAAAAAAUCGUUCGGUAUACGUUCGUUGUAUCUGUACGCGCCUUUAUAGCCUAAGAGCUGACGACAUAUUUAGAGAACAUAUUUUAGGCAAGCUAAAAUAACUAAAAAUGUAUAGUUUAUUAACUGGUGAACCCAGAAUCCUAAGUCUGGCUGGG